UUGGCGGAGCAGCACUGCAGGGAGAAAAGACUCUCCGUUUGUCACCGUUUUGUCGAAGACGCGCAUGUCCACGCCAUCAGCUUCCAACCUCUCUUUCUCCAACAUCCACGAUGAAAUUCCACAAAAGAGCUUUUGAAGAAGACCACAACAGAGACACUGAGUUUUCUACCAUGUCGGACAGUGACCCCUGUGAGGAUGACGGUUACCCUCUGAACCUGAGCAUCUGUAGAAGAGCCGGGGCCAUUAGCAAGCGACGUCGACGUGGAAACCUCCCGAAAGAAUCCGUUCAGGUUCUGAGGGACUGGCUGUACGAGCAUCGCUUCAAUGCGUAUCCAUCAGAAGUGGAGAAACUGACUCUGUCGGGUCAAACCCAGUUGUCCGUAUCACAGAUCUGUAACUGGUUCAUAAAUGCUCGGCGGAGACUCCUCCCAAACCUGCUCAGGAAAGAUGGCAAAGACCCAACCCAGUUUACCAUGUCACGGCGUGCCAGCAAACCAGACAAAUCCACCUCUCUAGAGAGCCCCUCCCCUUCAUCCCUCCCAACACCCUGCCCCUCUGUCAUUUGCCCUGUCCCAGUGUUGGACUUGAGGCUUUUGGGUAACACAGCAACAGCCAUUUUGGCUGGGGCCGGUUGCUUGCCAUCAUCAGGUAAAGUAAGUCAAGACGGAGGCGUUCAGGCUUUGAUGCAGCUGGACACACGGGGUCUUCUGAGACGAGAAGGUCUAGCUGGAUAUCAGUAUGAAGAUCCUUACCUGACGACCAUUCCACCUGUUUCUACCUCGGUCCCAACCCUUGGAGCAGUGAGCCCUACUGAGGUACUGUUCAACACGCCUCCCCCUACUCCUCCGGAGCUGUGUCCUCAAGAUUUCAGUGAUCUGAAACUUCUAGUGGAUGUGGCAUUGCAGCGAGCAGCCGAGCAAGAGAACUGCUGGACGAAAGACCAAACAAUGCAGCAACAACCACCAAACAAAAUUCCAGUUUUCCAGAAUUGCAAUUUGGAGGCAGCCACAACAUUCUCUUCCAGAGUAGAAACACCUUCCCAAGAAGAGUCCAAUGCUACACCAGGGUUGAUGGAGAAUCCAGUAUUACCGGUUUCGGUUCCCGUAACAACCCACUCUUUUCCAGGCCUUCCCGUUGCGCAAGCUGCUCUUAACAUGGCCGGUGCUGCCAGUGUGGUCGUUGGAGUCAAGAAUGUCGGAGAAUCGGGUAGCUUUAUGGAGUGGAGUGUCCAUCAUGGGGAGAUUCGACAACCUAGUCCUCCUCUGAGUGCAGUCUCUCACACAUGGGUUCAACAGUACACGCAUAAUACGGUUACGGAAAUGGUCAACUGAUCCAAGUUGAAGCUCCUUGCUGAUUUCAGUGUUUGCACCUAGAUUGGGAAAAGUUGGAUUCGUGUUUGCUUAUUUUGGACAGGAAAAAUGGGCACUUUGGGUUAUGUAAAAAUUGCAGUAGGCUAUGUGUCGUCUCAGUCAUGUCAACCACUUCAAACAAGAUUCAAUGGAGUUGACACUUACCUUCGAACUGACAACACCAGGAUGUAUUUUUUCAGAUGUUUAACUUUUAAAAACUUUUUAAACCAAACCUUUUUCUUUUUAACUACAUUAGUAUUCUAAGUCUGUAUGAAAUGCUUUUCAAAAGUAGUCCAAAAUAUUCAGACUCUGGGAAGUUUGAGACCAGAUGGACCCUAUCAAAAGGGAACGUAUUACUCCGAAUUCUCACAUUUAUGUUUCACUCAUCACGUUUAGUGUGUGCGCCACCACAUGCAAACACCAGCAAAUGUAAACCUUGAACAUUUUAAAUGCUCAGCUCUCGAGUUGUGCACCGGUCGGGUUUACCGCCGACAACUGGGAGGAUUAGGAUGUUUGUAGUUUCAGAAGUGGCCUUGUGUAGUAUACUCUCUCUCAGACAACAAAAACGGUCAAGUAGCUCUGUAUAUACUUGCUCUUGCCUGUCUGCAUCAAUAUACUCGUGUAUAUAUGUGGCAUGCUUUAUAGUUUUGAUCUGGGAAUGUUUCUGGAUGACCAGCAUGCAGCGUUUGAGUGUCGGAGUCCGUUUAGGAUGUAACCAAAUGUAGGACUUUAGAUUUAAUAGUUGGUUCCGAAUUUGUAUGAAAACGUUAUACUUGGCAGUACCACUUAAAGGCCAGGUAUGCUUAAUUGUCCUUUGACCGCGAGCCCACACGGGCAUGUUCGACGCAUGCGAGCUACGAUUGCAUUAUGACACUAUUUUAGUACAGUUAUAGGAGUCGCUUGUUCGCUUGUGCCGACACGCAUUGUGCACAAGACCGUACCGAUUCUCUAUAAGAACGAGCUGUUUGAAAAAACGCUAAAACCGCUGUUUAUGAAUCCUCUACCUCUCUUAAAUCUCAUCUUUGAAUGUCUUUCCCGAGUGUGUGUGUGUGUGUGUGUGUGUGUGUGUGUGUGUGUGUGUGCGUGCAUUCUGUCAUUUCCUGCACUUUAUAGUUCAAUUUGACCUCCUAGUCAUGACGUCAGAACCAUAAUGCAAUCUAUCUACCUCUGUUAGUUCCUGGAAUUACAUCCGAGAGCUUUGCUGUGUGGUGUGACACGAGGCUGUGUGUCUCUCCGUGCAGUGACGAGAGGUGGAUCGGCAGAAAAUUGAUCAUACUGCAGAGAGCAUCGGUCAAUGUCUCGUGUCAGAGACGAGAUGAGGUGGGGGUCGUCUCCAAUAGAUUUCCCUCCGUUCUCGUGUAACGUGAUAUUAGACGUCUGUUUUUGCUGAUUUGAAUGGAUUGUGGUUUUGACAGUAGUUUUGGGUGAAUUAGAUAACUAACGUUUAAUCGUAGUUUUUUAACGUUUUCAUAAGUUCUCUGUCACAACCUGUGUGUGUGUGUGUGUGUGUGUGUGUGUGUGUGUGUGUGUGUGUGUGUGUGUGUGUGUGUGUGUGUGUGUGUGUGAUUGCAUUUAAAGAGGGAAAGACGUUAAUGUAACGUGUGUGUGUGUUUGUAAGACAUAUUGUAAUUUUAAAAGUACAUUACAAACAUUUCUUUCGCACCUCUCUAGAUUGAAGUGGGCCUUUUAUCGCCUGUAAUCUGUGAAUGUAUCUAGAUAACUAACCUAUCUUUCCCGUGAUCUCUGCUUUGGACACUAGAUGACCUAGAUAUGCUAUUAUUGUAUGCUUGUAGUUUCCAUGAAACUGUAAGAACAUGUACAGACAUCAAAAUGGAUUUUUAGUAAAUAGCUUUUAACUUUUUAUGAUGCAGUUAAUGCCUGCAGAAACGUUACAUUUGGAGUCAGUUCAGAUUAUUUUACUCUCAGAAAUAUCCUUAAUUCUGAGAAAUUCUGCAUUUUUAUCAGUUCUUAUCAUGCUGGGUAAAUUAACGUUUCAUUGAAAGCAAUGCAGAGGUCAUGUUUUGUGGUACUCUGUGCAUUUCAGGAUGAUUUGUUGUAUGUUAUUGGAGUUCAGUGCUGUCUCAGGUUUGUGUUUUAUUGUUUUCAGCUGGCUUUUGCCCUCAUUUUACCUCCUUUUCUCAGAUUUGGUGGGUUCUUAUACGGUUUAAUUCUGAUGAAGGAAUUCUGAAAGGUAAAUGGGUUUACAAGUCACUUUUACAGACUUACAGGGAUAGUUGACUCAAAUGAAAAUUCAUCAUUUUCACACCCUUGUAUUGUAGAAACAUCAAACCGUAUAACCGAUCCAAUUUGCUCAAUCUUAAGAAACCACUGUGAUCAUUCUGUUAUUUACUGGACCAGUGAUGGGUACUGGAAGUGUGUGUGUCGCUUUCUUUUUUUUUUUUUAUACCCUCUAUAUUUUUACAAUUCUUAAGAAAGAUAUGAAUAUUCCUGAAAUGAUAUUAUUGUUGUAAAAUGCGUCUCACUGAUGACAAUGUGAAACAUGUAAAUAUCCUUUUGGUUCAGCUUCUGUCUUUGGCAUAGAUCGGCUCUCAUCAUAUAUGUCAAAUGUGUAGCUUUCUCCUAUACGACCAAAUGCAUGAAGAUGGAUGUGAAUGUUUUUUUUUUUUAUUUCAUAUACAUGUAUCUAUAACUGAGGACAGUGAAUCUGGCAAUUGUGCCUUACAUGCUUUAUUAGAAAACCUUUGGACUAGUCUGUGCAAUAUCUGCCUUAAACAUUUGAUGUGGAGAUUUUAUUGUAUGUCCUUUUGUACAAACAUUACAGAGAAAUAAAAGCUUUUUCAUAUCCGAUUGUAUUCGUGUUGUGUAGAAAUGGAAGCUUAUUUUAUUGGACACAUUUCACCGGCAGUAAAAUGUCUACUUGCUAAUUAAUUACUAAAUCCAGAUAUUUCCAAAUGUUUAGAUGAACGUUUGAACUAUUCAUUUAAUUCUAAAUGUGCAAAAACUAUUAAAAAAUCAUUUGACUUCAUUUAAUGACUCUUUAGAAUGUUUAGUAGCACUUCUAGAAUGUUCUAGAAAUCUGUUAAAAGUGAUGCUGAGAAUCCUCCUUCAUGCUCGUAUAAAACACAGAUUCCCUUUCAAGACAUUAAUAUCAUUUCUAACAUGAUUGAUUGGGUUUUGAAAUGCAGAGUUGUAGGAUUCGUGAGAUAUACCGCCACAACUGCACAGUACAUUGCUUAAACUUGCACAAACAGUAAUGUCCAAACGUCUGAGACCACACUGGACUAAUAUAUACAGCUAAAAAUUGAGACCACUGCAAAAUGAUCAAUUUCUCUGGAUUUACUAUUCACAGGUAUGUGUGAGUAAAAUGAACAUUUUUGUUUUAUUCUAUAAAGUACUGGCAACAUUUCUCCCAAAUCCCAUAUAUAUUGUCAUUAAAGCGUUUAUCUGCAGAAAAUGUCAACUGGUCAACAUAACACAAAAGAUGCCGUGUUUUCAGACCUCGAGUAAUGCAAAGAAAACAAGUCCAUAUUAAUUUAUAAACGACACAAUAAUAAUGUUCAGAAAUCAAUAUUUGGUGGAAUAAUCCUGAUUUUCAAUCAUAGCUUUCAAGUGUCUUGGCAUGCUCUCUGCCAGCCUUUCACAUUGAUGUUGGGUGACUUUAUGCCAGUUACUGCAUUGGUCCAGCAGCUGCUGUGGCUCCAUUAGCUCCAACCUAACUUCUGUCCUGAGAUCUCAUAGGCCUGGGCCAAAGGUGUCCCAUGGGCAGGGUUGGGAGGAUUACUUUUGAAAUGUAUUCCACUACAGAUUACAGAAUACAUGCUGUUAUUGUAAUUGUAAUGUAUUUCAUUAGAUUUUCAAAUUCAGUAAUGUAAUCUAAAUACUAGGGCUGUCGAUUUAACGCGUUAAUAACGUGCGAUUUUAAUUUUACAAAAAAUGUACGCAAUUAAUCGCAAUGCCCCCGGACUGUAAUAAGGAAGACUCCUGAGAAAUGCAAGCUUGUAGUACCACCUGUAUACUCCAGAGGGCAGUAAGUGAAAUUCCAGCUGUAUGAGCAACACACAGUUUAUACAGUGAAGAAAACACUUCAGUAGGCACCUUUUUUGGGAAUGUUUCCACGCUGUAGUAUUCUGGAGAAAAUGUUGUUUGUAUGUACCUCCAUUUUAACUUAUUUAAGACGUUUUAUUUGGUUUUCAGUUUUGAUAAGUUAAUAUUUUCUGAUUAAUCUGUUUAUUAUUCUUGGCAAGUUUUUUUAUACAUAAGUUUAAAUUUAUGUCUAUAAAGCCCCUAUUUGCACUUUUUUGCAAAGACUUGAAAUAUUAUUUAAAUACUGUUUGUACCUCCAACAACUCCAAAGCAUUGAAAACCAUUACACUAUGUAAUGAAUAUAAUGUCUUUGCAUUAUUGUCAAAUAUAUCUGUAGUAUUGUGUACUAUGUACCCCUGGAUUGUUUCUAAAAAAUAAAAAAGGUCUGACGCAGGUGAACAUUGACGGGUCCUUAAACAAGCCCUCAUAAUAAAUCUCCAACUGAUUGACAAAUUCACUUGUGUAAUGGAUUACUGUGAACUGUGUGUCAGUGAUUGACUUAUGAUCAAUAAUAUGGUAAUAAACAAUACAUUGUAUUCUAAAGAUGCUUUUUGUAUUAUCAAUGAUGAACUCUUCUGCAACAAGAAUGUAAUGCACUUUAAUGCAUUAUCUGAAUAUUUUUUUAUUUUAUAUAUAUAAUCUUUCAAUAUUUAAAGAUAACUAUGUAUAAUUAUUUCAUCAUUAUAUAUUGAAUUAUUGUUAUAUGAGGGGCUUUCUCAGCAAAUAUUUGUAUAUGCGAUUAAAUGCGAUUAAUUAAUCGGGACACCAUGAAAUUUGAUUACAAAUUGUAAUCUAUUGACAGCCCUACUAAAUACUUUGGAUUACUUUUUCAACACUGGCAGAUAUUUUCACUUGUUUUGACUAUAAAAACUCAAAAUGCACAUGUUAAAAAUACAUUCACUGAAAAACCCAAAUAUCUUCUGCAGUGUUGCUUCUAAAACAAGAUCAAACUGAUCUUGUUUUAAGGAUUUUUUGAUAUUUUUACAGGAAAACAAUACAACAAUUAUCAAUAAUCUUAUUAGAAAGAAUUAAUUAUGAUCCAAUGUGAAUUUUCUUGAUAUAAUAAAUAUGAUCGUGUCUGGUAACAUGUGCAUGUAAAAUGGCUAGAAAUAGCAUUUUAGCUUAGCAUAAAGCUAACAAUUUACACACGGUUUAUUUGUAUUUCUUCUGCUCCAAACUUACUUCAAACGUACUUCUCUGUCUGCUCGUAUAAAUGUAAUGCAUCAUCAGAAAGUGUUUCACCGCUGCUCAAAUGCACUUUGGAUUAUUUAUAUGUAUAAAUGUUUCCCAUCUGAAAUGACUAAAUAUUAAAUGAAACAAAUGACAAUAAAAUGCAAAGUAAUCCCUUCAGUAAUCAAAAUACUUUUUGAAUGUAACUGUAUUCCAAAUACCAAUGAUUUAAAUUGUAACUGUUGUGGAAGACAGUUACUUACUUUAAAUACAUAUUCUCGUUACUUGUAUUUCAUUACUGUGGGGCGGCUCUCUAGACCCAUCUUUAACAUGGGUGUUUAGCGGGCACUCUAGCACCCCCAUUUUCACCUACAGUCAACAAAAUUGGUACAUAUAUAAUCCUCAUCAAGCCAGACAACUUUCAUAUUUAUAGUCAUCAGGUCUGCCCAAGGAAGAUUUUUUUUAUAUUGCAGUCUCUGAAUUUUUAAAUACUCCUCACCACAUUUAGACAACAUUAUGCCAUGACAUUGUAAAUGCUAAUGUGCUAACAUAUUUUGUAUAUACUGAACGGUGUUGCCAUAGCGGGGCAUGAAAACAUGAAAAACAAGCAGUGUCUCAUGUCUUCUGUGUGCAUUGUUUGAUUUAGAUCAAAAUUGGGCUCUAUGUUUGGUCUUGGGGGCUGAUCAAAUGGACGUGGCUUUUGUGGGUCAUGGUCAUAGCACCACCAACUAGCAGCAGGAAGUCUGGCUCUUACAACAGACUUUGAAAUGUUAUUUUUACACUGCUGGUGCACAAUAAUAAAAGUGUAUUUGAUAUUUAAAUAGUGUUGCCCUGUUAGUGUUACUUGGCAUUGCAUUCAAUCUGGAUUUGUGGCAUAUGAUUUGUGGCCAGUGUGUAUUUGAAUAAUAAUAAUAUGUAUAAUAUGUUUAAUCACGCUUACUGUAUGACAUGAAUGUGGCUAUGGUGGGUCAGGGUCAUAGGUCUACAGCCUGCAACAAUAGAUGUGACACUUCGACUAGACAUUGAAAAAAAACAAACCCUAUAUUCACCUGUCACAUUAAAUUUAUUCAGACUAGUGUCAAAUUUAAUAAGGUAAGGGGAUUCUUGAUAUCUUACAUGAUAUUUUCAUGGCCACAAUUCAAAUAACAAUAUUAUUUUUUGGAUUGUUCAAGCGUUCACACUUGCCAUUAUUACACAUUUAUCACAUUUGCCACACACAUCAAAGUUGUUAACCAUUAUGUCUGAGCAGAAGGUGUCUUAUUUGUUUAUCAUGCAUUGUUGUCUGAAAGCCACUGGGUGGAAAUGGCCGUCAUCGCUGCUUGCAGCUAUACUUAACCUUAUUCCUCAUAACAUCUUACCAGAAUACAUAUAUAUUUGCAAAACCCUUCAUCUGGUGAACAUUUAGGCAAUGAAAAGCUUAACAGAGCAAAGCCUUCGCCAUUUCAAAAUAAGAGUCCCUGGAGUGUUUUGUGCUUGUUUAUUGUUAAAGGGCACCUAUUAUGGAAUUCUGAAAAUUACCUUUCAUGUAGUGUGUAACAUAGAUUUAAGUGAACAAAAACAUCCUGCAAAGUUUUAUAUAUGAAAGUUCACCGUAAAAAAAGUUAUUGUCUCUCAAAAGCAGGAGUCGACUCUGAGUCAAUGUAAUGAAUCGUUUUUCCAAUGAGUCAUUUUCCUUUUCGUUGUGACAUCAAGACAAAAAAUUAUCAAAUUGGCCGCGGCCACUCAUUGCGCGCGCAGACACCAGGGAAAACUUAAAAGCAUCAUGUCGACAACAAGACGCUGUGUUCUGAAGUGCAUAUCAAAGCUGACCUUUUUUCACUGCCCAGGGACGAGCAUGUGAAGAAUCAGUGGCUAGAGUUUAUAUUUACAACUAUACCACACAAGUAUAGCCCGAACCUUGUGCUGUGUUCGCGUCAUUUUAAUGACGAUUG